AUGCCGUCUAGGACGGAUGGAGAGAGUGCCGAGAAGAGUGAUCUGGAUAGUGAUUAUGAGCGGAGCCUCGUCAAUGCACGUUGCCCCAUUACCCGAAUCUUCGUUGAGCACCACGCCACCCUUCCUCUCCCGCCCCUGCGAUUCAAUCCCAUCACCACUCCAUACUCCAACCUGUCCCUACCCAUAUUUCCAAAACCCUCUGGCUAUGAACGCGUCAGGACUCGAAACCAGUACCCCAACUCGUCAACAAACCUCGCGCGCCAGGCUCUCAACGAGCCGGUCGUGCCACAUUUGGCUUACGAAAUGUCCAUCAUCGGAGAGAAGGGUAUCCACCUCGAUACCAAUGAUUGUGGAGAAGGGGAGCAUACCCCCCACGAAUAUCAGGAUGACGGGGCCGAGGUUGUUUCUGCAACCUGA